UCAAUUCUUAUCAAACUGGAACUGAAAACGAAAAUUGUGUGAAAUAGAGAGUGUCUUUUCACUAUCGUGAAGUUGUUUUGCAUAAUUAAACAAAAAUUGUUUAACUUUAAAAACAUAUUCUCCAACUUAGCAAAUUUUGAAUUUUCCAAAUAAUAUGUAGAUGUUCAAAUUUGUUGGUUGAAGUGAAUCAAUGUUUUGUAGUCCGGGGUUAAAAAAUUAUUAAUUGUGUCUUGAAAGUAUAGAACUUAGCCAACAAAAAAAUAAGAGGAAAACAAAAGCUUAAACUUUUGUACCUGGAUAAGAAAGUAUCUAGAUGCUCUUGGAGCGAGGUGAAUCAAUUUUUGGAGUGUUAAUUCAUUGCACCAUGAAGAGGCAAAAUGUUCGAACCCUAUCCCUGGUUGUAUGCACAUUUACAUAUUUGCUCAUUGGAGCAGCAGUAUUCGACUCAUUGGAAUCACAAACAGAAUCAAGAAGAUGGGAGUUUCUACAAACACUAAAAAAUAACUUUGUCAAAAAGUACAAUGUCUCAGCAGAAGACUACAGAAUGAUGGAAAUAGUGAUAAUUGAAAACAAGCCACACAAAGCUGGACCGCAAUGGAAAUUUGCUGGAGCCUUUUACUUUGCAACCGUAGUUUUAGCUAUGAUCGGAUAUGGUCAUUCAACUCCAGUGACAAUUGGUGGCAAAGCAUUUUGUAUGGCUUAUGCUAUGGUUGGCAUUCCUCUUGGUUUGGUGAUGUUCCAAAGUAUCGGAGAACGUUUGAAUAAGUUUGCAUCGGUAAUAAUUCGGCGUGCGAAGCGUUAUAUGCACUGCAAUCAUACUGAAGCUACAGAAAUGAAUCUCAUGCUGGCUACAGGAAUGCUAUCGUCAAUAAUCAUAACAACAGGAGCUGCGGUAUUUUCCCGCUACGAGGGUUGGAGCUAUUUUGACAGCUUUUAUUAUUGCUUUGUCACAUUGACAACCAUUGGUUUCGGUGAUUAUGUCGCUCUGCAAAACGAUCAGGCUCUGAUGAAUAAGCCUGGAUAUGUGGCACUUAGCUUGGUCUUUAUUCUUUUUGGACUGGCAGUGGUAGCUGCUAGUAUAAAUUUGCUUGUCUUAAGGUUCAUGACAAUGCAAGCUGAAGAAGCCAAACGAGAUGAAGAGGAUGCUCAUCAAAAACUCGGAUCUUCAAAUCAACCUUUGAAUUAUGACGCGGAAUCUUCUUACAAUAUGAAAGGGAAAUUACUUGGUAAUUCGAAUUGUUGUACUGAUUUCGAUGACAAUACUUCUGUGUGUUCAUGCACCUGUUUAGGUGGAACUCGCUGUUUGAAUCAUGAAUCAUUUGUUGAUGCUGACUAUCAUCCAACUGAUAUUAUUGCAAGUACGUUAAGCCUUAAAAGAGCAUCUGUUUGAUAUAAUAUGUUAUAAAUGCCAAGCAUUAUAUUAAUCGAAGAAAAAUCCUAAGAGAGGACUGCAUUAAGAAAAAAUACGCACAAUUGCCAUAUUUACACUAAAAAUAUAAUAAAAACAUUCAUAGGACAUUUUUACGUUCGUCGUGUACAGACAAAAUUUCCAAAUUCAGUUUUGACUUGGUCUUGAGGGUUCUUCCUUUAAGCCAGAACCCAAAAAUUAAAUAAAUAUAUGCCUGAGAAAAUAGCUUAAAUUUAAUGUAGGAAACGUUUUAUGUACACUGCACAAAGUCACACAAAUUUAGAAUUUCUUCCCCCACCGAAAUAAAAUGUCAACCCACAAUACAA